AGUACUGUAAUUUCCACAAGACUUGAACGCAGCAGCGUGUUGGUGAAGUGAAACUGAUCCAGGACUAGAACGCCCUCCCUCCUUGUACAAGAAAACUGAUGAGUUUCCAGAGACAGCCGGUAAGUCCUUCUCCUGUCGCCCCGCAACACAAUCCCCCACACCGACCCAGGAGAGCCUCGUGCGCCUGACACACCUGGAGAAAAUACCUUUUUUUUUCCUCAGAGUAAUGUCACUGUUCACACCGGGUCAAUAACAGGUACAGACGGUUUCAAGAGCGGAUUAGAUUUGGAUCACAGGUGUUCAGAAGAGGAGGACCUCUGUGCUCAUUUUAAACCCCUCAGACCCAGGAGCCGGUAAGACCGCAAGGUCCUCAUGUUGGACUGGUUAGCAUCAGCAGAGUGACUGAAUAAAGCGAACGACGAGGAAACUGUGCUAGCGAAGUUAGCUAACUUAGCCAAAGAGCUAGCUUAGCAGUUCAAGUCACAUAACGCCAGCUGAAAAUAAACAACUCAUGAGCACUAAAAGUCGAUCAUGUUAGUUCAAACAAACUUUCCUAAAGUAGGCACUGAAAUUUACACGGUUAAUGUAGUUAACUACGCUGUGGCUUAUCCAUAUUAGCUAACAGACUGCGACACUGAGGUUCGCUUCUUAUUCGUCUGUCAGAGGUAUGGCUGUAGAAAAACAAGGUUCUGAUCCAGAACCUCGGUACUAAACCGUGUCGGGGGUGGUUCAGUUUAUCUUGCAGAGUCUACAGACUUUUUAGGACACGGUUUGGGAUUUGAGAAACCUCAAUUCUGUUGGUUAAAAUGUAAGCAAGUGUGAAUUAACUGCGUUUAUCUCUGUUAGACCACAUUUGACCAGGUCCAGGUCCGGAUCCAAAUCUGUUAUACAAAGAUCUCUUAGACCUUGGCUUAGUCAUCUAAGAAAGGUAACAUUUUAAGGUUUAGUUAAUUUAGAGAGUAAAAAACAAUAAAAAAAAAAAUCAAAUAAACAAUAAUUCAAAUAAUUCAGAACUUUUUUCUGCUUUUCAGAAAUGGAAAUGCUAAUAAUUAAACAAUGUUGACAAGAGUGAGAGUCACUAAUAUUUUAUUAUUAACAAUUAUAUUAAAAACAAUAAAACGAAUAAUAAUAAGUAGGAGGCUACAGGGUCUGAAGAUUGCAGGUUCAGAUUUGUGAAUCUUUAUGAAAAUGUAAAAACUGGGUGGUGAGACAGGUCCUUCUCCUGUUUGUUUUUUCAAUCAAGACCAAGUUUGACCAGGUCCUGAUCUAGACAAUACAUAGACUUGUCAGUUCUAGACUGAGAUACUCCAGAGAGUCUAGAGACCUUUUUAACCAGUUUCAAUUUUUUAAAAAAUGAAAUAAAUUGAAACUGGUUAAAUAAGAAAUUACAGAAAGGUUUAAGGAUUCACUGAUCUGAAACUGAUUUUAUGAUUUUUGUGAAGUCUCAGAUAAUCCAGGCUAGAUUUGAAAAGUUUAGAUGUUGGGGUUUCUGAUAUGUAUGUGGUCUAGACAGGGGGAGAAAAAAAAAACAGGUGGAUGCAGCUCUGAUGUGCUUCAGUCUUUUUGUCCCACUGUAACUGAUUUAACAUAAUAAAAUUAAUUGAUUGAAAUUAAUGAAAACUGAAACUGACGAAUCUGUGUUUGAUCUUGUCUGGACAGGAGAGCAGAAGCAAUGCCCCAGAAACAGAAGUCCCGGGCCUGGUCAGAGCUUAAACAGGCUGGAAAUGAGUGUUUUAAAGCGGGUCAGUAUGGAGAGGCCACUAACCUCUACAGCCAGGCCAUCAAAGAGCUGGAGAAGUCCAGUAAGUCCAACACUUUAGUUUCUCAGAAUGGGUGAUUAUCACUCCAGUAGAAACACAGGUGUGUGAUAUGUCUAUCCUUAACUAAUAAACCAGAUAGAUAAAUAAAUGAAGUUGUAAAACACACAUGCUCAAUUUUUUAGCUCUAGUCUGAUGUUUUCUUCAUGAUAAAGACUUUUUUAUUUCCUCCUUCAGGUAGAAAGAACCCCGAAGAUCUGGCCAUUUUGUACUCGAAUCGAGCAGCGAGCUACCUGAAAGACGGGAACUGUACAGAGUGUGUGAAAGACUGCAGCAUGUAGGUGUUCAAAAGGAUUAUCCUGUCCGUUCAUGAUUCUGUAUUUUCUCUAUCAGCCUGAAAGUUUGUCUCGCUGCCUGCAGGUCUCUGGAUUUGUCUCCGUUCAACGUGAAAUCUCUCCUCCGUCGUGCGGCAGCUCAUGAAGCCCUGGAGCGUUACAGACAGGCCUACGUCGACUACAAGACUGCCCUGCAGAUCGACAGCAACAUCGCAGCAGCUCACGACGGCACAAACAGGUAGCUCAAGGAUGACCCAGAGGUUUCAAAGGUAAAACGACAGGAAUAAAGGGUCAGUUCACUGUUUUUUGUCUAUGUGUUGUUUCCAGGAUGACGAAGGCGCUCACAGAAGCAGACGGUCUAAUGUGGAGAGAAAAGCUGCCUCCCAUCCCCACAGUUCCUCUGUCUGUGAGGGAGAAACUCAGCCAGAGGACCCCUGCCAACGCUGCACAACCAAACCCCACACCGCAACAGAAUGGCACCCCACAAACAAAGAAACCUGGUGAGGAGGUUCAGAAUUUAGAGUUCUUAAGGGAGACCUGCCUCUCUUAUUUUCCCUAUCAUAUCACCUCUCUACUUCUUCUUCUGUGUUUUCUGUCUGCAGCGCCCAGUGACAAGGACAUGAAGAGAGGACUAACCCUGAAAGAAGAGGGCAAUGCUCUGGUGAAAAAAGGAGAACACAAGAAGGCCAUCGAGAAGUACAGCCAGAGCCUCAAACACAACCCCACUGAGGUCACAACCUACACCAACAGGUAAGUCUCCGCCUCCUGUCACCUGGGAUGGCCUUUGUGACCGGAUCUCCUUUUAGAGAUUUAAACAUGCGGCACUGCUCAGACUUUUUUUUUUUUAAUUAACAAUCGUGUUUGUAUGUCUGGUGUGUGUGUGUGUGUGUGCGUGUUUAGGGCUCUGUGUUACCUCUCAGUGAAGCAGUUCAAAGAUGCCAUCAGAGACUGUGACGAGGCUCUGAUGAUCGACAGCAGCAACGUGAAGGCGCGCUACAGGAGGGCUCAGGCUCACAAGGAGCUGAAGGUGAUACUCUAACACACAUACACACACACACUUUUAGAGUUUCUGAUUGUACAGUUUCAGAGCCCAAGUCAAAUUAGACUUCAGUAUUAUCAAGAUCAGUUUUAAAAAAUGUCGAUAAAACAAAAUUUAGGAAAAUUUAGUCUCAGGAGUGAAAAAAGAGGGUUUAGAGAGUCGUGAAAUCCCUUUAACGGUUUCCUCCUGCAGGACAUCAAAGCCUGCGUGGACGACCUAAACAACCUGCUCAAAGUGGAACCAAAGAACUCGGCCGCCAUAAAGCUGCUGCAGGAAGUGCAGAAGAAGAAAUGAUGACUCAUCAGGGACUCUGGAGACGGCGGUGAGGAUGUGUGUCUGAUCACUGAUCACAACGAGGAGGAGGAGAGGACGGGGAAGAAUCGCUGAAGUUUGAGAAGACUCUGUGAGUGACUUCAUCCUGCUGCUGUGAGUCCAAGAAUCCACCUGUUUCGAAACGCUGUGUCACUCUGAUCUGUGUUUGACCAAACACGAGUCGGUCCAGAGAAGCUUCUUGAAAACGCAGCGAGAUCUGAGGAGGAGGAGGAGGAUGAGCCGUCGUUUCCAGUUUGAGAGUUCACACAUUUUAUUUCUAUUCUGUAUUUAUUGGUAUUUAUGUAUAAAUGCUGAAACUUUUGACUAUAACAUCACAAUUUUGAGGAGGAAUAAACGUUUACAAUCACCACAAAUCAAAUCAAACUUUUUUUCUAAGGCAUUUUUCAUACAAGACAUGCAGCACUAAGUCCUUUACAUGUUAAAAACUCCUGGAUCACUCUAAACAUCCUGCAGAAUGAGGCUGCGUUCAUUACUCAUAAAAAGACUAAAACUGAAAUGCUUCUGCUGCAUGAGCAGAAAUGUUCACGGCUCUGUCCUGUAAAAAAAAAAACCUUUGACAAAUCACAGACACGUCUUAGAAAACUAAGUUUACUCUUACUUUUCUGUUCGUCCUGGCACUGUUCAGUAAUUAUGACAUCUAACAUUUUUAUUAACUCUGUUUUUCUUUUUAAACCACAAACUUUUUUUCUCUCAAGAGUCUGUGAUGUUGUUGAGACAUUCAUUAGCUGGUUUAUAAAGAAAAUACUCUGAUCCAGUUACAAGAAGUGCUGAGCGUAAAAUUAGAGAGGAAAUGAACCUUUGUCAUAUUGUUAUUUAGAUAUUCUGAUUCUCCAGCACACAUUUCAGAAUCAAAGACAAAGGUCGAGCCGUGUGUCCACAUUGGCUCUGAUAUCUUCUGAUAUCAGUGUUGAGGUUUCCAGAUCAAAUACAGAAGAUAAAAUCCUGAUUCCUGACCAAUCUGCUGGUUUGGUGUGUCAAUUCUGCAGCUUCUGAGCUCAAACCUUAAAUUUUGAUAACAGUCUAAAAUUCAAACUUCACUAUAAGAGAAAAAGAUGACUUAGUUUAAUGAGGAUCUGUGUUAAAACUGAAACCUGACUCCUUUUUUCAGACUUGGCUUUAUUUGAUGCAUUUUUGAGGGUCAGAGCUUAAGAAAACUGCAGCAAUUUGAUUCAGAAUAAUAAAUCAGUUGGAAAAUUCAGCUCGAUCUGCUGAUCUUAGAUUAUAUAUUGAACAUGUUCUCAUGAAUCAGUUCUUUUUUAUUGAAUGGCUGAUAGUUUGGUGAAAUCAUGAUCGUGUCUCAAACCGUCUGAAACCCUCAAACACAGAUUUGAGACGCCUGGUUUAACAAAGUCUGAGUUUCUUUGAAAGUCUGAAGUUGGUGAUUGUAAAAGUUAAUUCUGUGUCAAAAGUAAAACCUGUGCAGUCUACACUCUCUCAGGUAGAUCACCUGUGUUCCUCUGAACAUGGAGUCAGAUGAAUCCUGUUAGGUAUCCUGCUGUGUUCACCAUGGGGAGUGUUGUUCAAGUUUGAAAGUCUAAAUUCAGGUAAAAGAAAAACAUCCUUAAAGAGUCACUUACACACUUAUGCCUCACCCGUGUUCUAUUCCUGUUGGAGCGUCUUUUCAUCUUAAUACCUGCUGCAGCGUGGCGUCCUCCAUCUAGCCUUGAAGUGCCUGUCCUCGUCGCCUUUCUGCUGCUGCUGCUGUUGAGAAACUUCACGUUAAGGUUUCAGUCACUCUGCUCGCUCUCUCUGUCUGGAGGAAAGUUUCUGAGUCAGAGACAAAGUAUUCGUUUUAUCACAUCUGCUGUUUUUUUUUGUUGUUGUUUUGUUUGUUUGUUUGUUUAUUGGUCAACCUGCUUCUGUUUUAAAGGCUAAUAAAGUUAAUGGAAAAAAAAACUCUA